CAAAAACGGUCUAAACGUGUGAAAUGUGAAUAAUUUCACACUGAGAAUGUAUGAAUUGAAAAAAUCAAGAUCAAUCCCGGUCGGUAGGACGGGGCACAUUCACGGAGCGCGGGACUGGAGUGGCGACAUGUGGCGCGCGCCCGCGCCAGUCGCCCGGCCGCCGCGCUCGCACGAUGCUGCGUCUAUCCCUUCUCGUGAUCUUCCUUACGCACCGAAUCCGAACCGCUCAUGUCACUGACACGCCGUUCUCGAACCGUUUCGACAAACUUUACCAAAAACUAGACAAGUUAACUGCUGCCCCCGACCGGUAUUCUGAACCCUCUCCGGAAGACAAGUUAUACGAAAAAUUGGAUCGAUUAAAUGCCAUUCGGUUGCCCCCGGAACGUGAGGAGCUGACUGAUGAGGAUGAGGAGUUGUUGUCUGCUAUGAAGGUGUGGGGAGGGUUGAGUGCGGAGCAGAUGGAUGGAGUGGUGAAAGACCUGCAGAUGAUGAAGGAGGAACGGCGGGAGGAGGCUGGGGACCAGGAGUAUGCGGAACCUUCUUGGGAUGAGGAGGAGUUCGGAGACUAUCCGAUGGACGGCAACGAUGACUGGGAUUCUGAUGACUUACCAGACUCCAGUUCCACUUCGAAGCCUCAGAUCCUGGGAGUGACUCCAUCAGCUAUGUCCAGGAUAGGACCAGUGAAGACUGUAGUCGUGUCUGCUGCGGAGACAAUAGCAGCUACUAAUGCGAGACCCAGGAUCUUGGAUGACCCCAUGACUCCAGUGGAACGAGCAGCUCUUCGGAAGGCAGCAUAUAGAAGCAUGAACGACUUGUUGAAGAAUGGAAAGUGCGUGGACCCUCAGCCACGCUGGCUGAUCGUGAGACAACUGGCUCCAGCUGCUGAUACCAGAUAUUUGCCACCAUGCGUGCAGCUGCACCGAUGUGCUCCUGAUUCUGGCUGCUGCGUGAACGAGAGUGAACUUCACAAAGCGACUGGAUCGAUGAACGUGGUGAAGAUGCAGUUCUUCAACCACACUCGGUGUGGUUGUGUCUCUCGGGGAACACUACAGAUGACGGUUACUACUGCAGUGGUCAAGCCAAGCGACGGAGACAGUCAAGAGGAGCUGGAAAGACCCUCACGCCGAGCCAUGGUAGAAAGUCAGAAUGACUGGAGAACACCUACUGAAGAACCUCUCUUGGAAAAGAAUGAUGAACCAACGGCACCUCCCCAGUUACGCAGAUGUACAUGUCCAGCUCUAUUCCUGGCCAGCAUGACGGAGUACGAGCCUUGUUCAUGCAUCUGCGACUGGCCUGACGCUGGUCGCCGCCGAGACUGCCAGUACCUCGCCAAGGGACGAGAGCAUUUUGGUCUUCGGGACAGAGUAUGUGUGGCUCGCGGAGACUGUACACCACCUUCCUGUGAAUACGGUGCCUACGACAGAACUGUGGGCAAAUGUCCCCUGCGAAGGUAUAGAAGAAUGAGGUACCACUCCCGAGGAAGAUACCAAGAGAAGACCAUGGUAGUGUGAGGGAACCAAGAAUGUAUUUGGUUAUAUGUAUUCUAUUGUAUUAUGCCAGAUUGCUAACAUUUAGGGGACUUUCGAGACUGUGUUGGUCUUUCGC